AUGUCGAAUUGCAGGUUUCUCUAUCACAACGGCGUCGUUUUGGAUGCUCCUCCCGUCACCACUUUCCUUGAAUCGCUCUCGGGUGCUUAUACAACGACGAGAACGAUAAACAGCGCCACUAGUAUCUUGUUCUGGGAGAGGCAUAUGAAGAGACUUUCAAGCUCGAUUCGUAUCAUUUUGAAUUCAAAGCCCGAGCUUUUGUUCAGUUCCGGGUCAUCACCAUCGCGGUUUUGGACGAACCAACCAGUUCCUGAAUCGAGCAUUUACGAUCUAGUCAAUAGUUCAAUGAACAAGGCUCUGAAAUCUGUCGUCGCGAAGGAAAGGGAGAUCAUUUACGGAGAAGAAUUAGCGGUAACGGUUCUUGUAACUGGGAACGUGGAGAAAUUGAGUAGAUUAGUCGAUGACAAUCGUGAUCAGGAGAGAAAAGUUCUGGAUUUGCUCGAUGUGUGGUUGCAUAUCGGUGGAUACUCUCCUUGCCCGUUAGGUGUUCGAGGAAAUGCCGCGAGUUUGGCUUUGGUUGGCCGUGGACGAGAUGUUGCUGCUGCUAAAUACUCAGACUGGGUAAGGCUGAGGAAGCCUCUGGAGAAGUUUAGACCUCUUUCGACUACUGAGCUUCUUUUGUCAAACGAUGGUGAUCAUUUGCUUGAGGGCUGCAUCACAAACUUUUUCGUAGUUUGCCGCAGGAAGUCAGCUUCUGGUGGGAGUUUUAGGGAUUUUGAAGUGCAGACUGCACCUAUAACCGAUGGUGUGCUUCCAGGAGUUAUAAGAGAGGUUAUCAUCGAUGUGUGCUUGAGCAAGGGAAUUCCAUACCGGGAGAGAGCACCUUCGUGGUCUGAGCGUGAGCUUUGGGAGGAAGCCUUCAUUACAAGUAGUCUGAGGAUUUUGCAGCACGUAGGGGCGAUUAAAGUACCAGUUGGUUCACUGGAAGCAUUGGCUUGUACGAAAACAGAGGAGAUUCAAUGGAAGGAGAAAACUUUUCAGGAAGGACCUGGAAUGAUCACUGAGUUAAUCCAGAGAGCGAUAAUGGAAAGAGGAGUUGAAGAAGGGUUCCCAUUGAAGGACUUCCAAGGCGCUCUUGCCAAAUAG